AUGGACGGCAGGCACGCUGAAUUUGCAAGAUUGCCUUUGAUUCCACCACUUAUUGGGAAUGGUGGUCUUAAUAAGUUGGGUCCUAUUGGUCUCAACUUUGCUUCUGGGGGUGCUGGUGCUCUUAGUGAAACAUUCGCAGGACUGGUGAUCAAUCUAAAAGAACAAUUAAGGUUCUUCAAAUCUGCUGUGAAGCAAUUGAGGUCGGAUGUUGGGAGAAAAGCGGCCAACAAAUUGGUGUGCAACGCGGUAUACUUGUUCAACAUUGGGGCCAACGAUUAUUUCUUCCCCUUGUCCUCCAAUUCCACUUUAUUUACGUCCCACACCCCGGAAGAAUACGCAUCUAUGGUGGUCGGCAAUUUCACCCAAGUUAUCGUGGAAAUCUACAGGCGAGGUGGGAGAAAAUUUGGAAUAGUGAAUCAGGCACCAUUAGGUUGUAUUCCAGGGCUGAGAGCGGCCAACCUGUCGGCCGGAGGCAACGGAGGCUGCCUGGAAGUCGCCACCGGUCUUGCACAAAUACACAAUGCCUUGCUUUCCCAAACACUCCAAUAUUUACAACAAGAGCUCCCCGGUUUUAAAUAUUCACUUUUUGAUUUUUUUAACGCUUCCCUCCAAGUUUUGGCCGAUCCAUCGGCGUUUGGUUUUAAAGAAGUGAAGAGUGCAUGUUGCGGAAGUGGUCCGUUGAAUGGGGAAUUCAGCUGUGGGGGCAGAAGAGGGAUUUCACAAUUUGAGCUUUGCGACAACCCAAGUGACCACUUGUUUUUCGACUCGGAUCAUCCGACUGAGGCCGCUAAUUGGCUGAUCGCUAAGCUGAUGUGGGCUGGGCCUCUCGACAUUGUCAGCCCGUACAAUCUCCAGGCCCUCUUCUAA